ACACGAGAAACAGAAUAUGAAUCGUCAACUCAGGAGAUAAAAAGAUGCCAAAGUACGUGUAUCGUAUUUAUCUAGAACUGCGUCCAUUCAAAUUCUUGAUUGCAGAGUAAAGCGGGCAACCCAUGAUAUAAAUCACCGGCUUCCCUUCCCAACUCGAUAAUUGCACUCUGCGUGUUCGAUUAAAUUACCUACUGAAAAUGGAUGCAAUGAGCAGUAACAAAAAGAGUAAAUCAAACAGCAAAAGAAGCAUAAGCAAGUUACCAGAUGUGAUUCUUCAACGCAUACUCUCUUUCCUACCAACGAAAGAUGCUGUGAAAACAAGUGUUCUAUCCAGAAGAUGGGAAUAUCUUUGGACAUCCAUUCCUAAUCUCGAAUUUAGAGAAGACAGCGCUAGAGACAACGUUAUACCCUUUGCUGAUCGAGCGAUUUCUCUUCAUGUCUCUGAUAUAAAAAAAUUUACUCUUGAAUGUUAUAAGGAUGGUGAUGAGCCUUGCAUUAGAAGGUUGAUAACUGCUGUCGUAAGGCGUAAUGUUGAAGAGCUAGAAAUUAACACCGACGACGCCAGAGAUCGUCUUCUUCAAUUGCCUGAAUCCCUUUAUGUUUCUGCAUCGCUUACUAGAUUGGAUCUAACUAUAUGUUGCAUUCUCAAAUUUCCUCCUUCAACUUGUCUCUCAAGUCUCAAACAUUUACGUUUUAAAUUUAUCAAAUUUACUGACGAUGUCUCUACUCAACAAUUCUUUUCUGGCUGCCCGGUUCUUGAGACAAUCUGUUUUGACGAAAGCGUCUGGACCAAUCUGUGUAGUGUGGGUCUUCGUGCUCCUAAGCUAUGGAAAUUGGAAAUAAUAGAAGAUCAAAAUGAAAGGUGUGACCCUGAACCUGAACCAUCGGAUGGUUGCGAGGUCGUGAUUUUUGCACCUUCUCUGCGUUAUUUCGAUUAUGAUGGUGAAUUCUUAAAUGACUAUUGCAUAUAUGACUCGCCAACCUUAAAUGAGGCAAAGAUUCAUUUAAGAGAAGUGGGGAUUGAAUUGCCAAGUAUAGUUUGUAAAACUUAG